AUGAAUAGACAACCUUUCAAGCAAAAAUUGUGUCCUGGCAUUGAAAAACCAACAAGCACACUACUAGGUAUGUAUUCCUUCGAAAUGUAUACUGAUUUAUCACAGAAAAACAGGUUUUCAGCCUCGAAAUUCCCACAGACCUUGGUUUCCUUCAACUUUCCUCGAAUCCGAACUACCUCACAGCGACGAGUGCUAGUAACUUGGUUGGGCAAAGAGAGAAUAACCACCCACACCUUGAUUGAGAAUACCACCGCGUUCGGAAACCUCAUUGCAUGGCCUGACUUUUCCAAUCUCACUCACUGUUCAACUCAAGUGGAGACUGCUCACUCGAGCCAUCUGAGCACAAGUCUCGUACGAGUGUUGGGAUUCAUUCUUCUAUUACCGAUCACGGAGAGUCAAUCUUUGCGUUCUGCAAGAACUUCAAGACGGAACGUUGCAUGA